AUGGCUCUGAUACCAUAUUUUUGUGGCUCUGCUUCUGGAAAAUAUGGAUUACCAUGUGGCUCAACAUCAUUCAGUUGCUUUUCACGGGAUGCUACUUCUAAUACCAACGGUGAAGUACAUGGUAAUUCUAGUAUCAAAGGGGAGACUGACCAAGAGUCUGUUGGAGACCUCGGUAUUUACAAUCCACCGACUAGUAGUUACAGUUAUUACUACCCAGAGUAUAAUGGAUCCUUCACACAAUUGGAUGAUCAUGGUUAUUUUCAAGCAGAUGGAUCUCAUAUGGUAUGUUCUUCUGACGUAUACUUUCAUUUCUAUUUGCAAAAAUUAGGCAAAACUAUGUCUCGUUCUGCUUGGCUGAUAAGGGUAGUUUUGUAUAAUUGUGUCUUGUUGAUAAUUGAUACUAGUGUAUCGGUUGAUCACAUCAGGGAUGCAAUCACACAAUGGAUCACUAGUUUAUUAUUUACCUGCUAUAAUCCAUAUGCUUCUGGGGCAGUGGUUGGGGUAGAUGGGCAAAGUGUUGGUCAACAAGCAUAUUUUUCUUCACCUGGAUACCUUCCACAUCCUGUUUUCUAUGGAUCAGAAGCCAUGCCUUGCUAUUCAUGGGAUUCAGCAUAUUUUAGUGAUGUCUCAAAUGGCAAUACUGGUUCUCAAAAUGGAAAAUAUGGAUCAGCUUCUACUUUUGCCAAGUCCAGUGGUUUUAACUCUAUGAAGUCUAAUGACAAUUCUGCUGGCAAAUCCUCUAAGUCUACAAAUACACAAGCAAUUAGAUCUUUAAACAAGGUGUCUGCAUUGGGUUCUGAUUUCUCAGCAGGUCUCUCGAAAGGAUACCAUCCUGUAGGAAAUUUGCCUCCUUUUUCUAUCCAAAAACAUGGUCCAUUCCCGCAUAAUUGUCCUAUGAACUAUAGACAGAUCGGAAGGAUAUGGAAUGGAAAUGAUAGAAAUAAAUCUGGAGACAGAUUCUAUAAAAACAGUGAUUUUGAAACCUCAAAUGAACUAACUUCUGGUCCUAGGGGCUCUAACAAAUUUCCUUCUCGGGAGACUGCUGUCAAGGAAGACUUGGGAAUCACUGUACAAAGAGAUCAGCAUAACAAACCAGAUUUUGAAACUAAGUACGCAGAUGCUAAGUUCUAUGUUAUCAAAUCUUACAAUGAAGAUGACAUUCAUAAGAGCAUUAAAUAUGAUAACAGAGAUCUUGAAAAUAAUGGUAGGCGGCCUGUAACUUAUAGCAGAGACACUCAAGAGAAGCAUAUAAAAGCAGGAGAUAGGAAAUGUGAUGAUGAUUUGACGAUCAAGAAAACUAAUAAUCCCAUGACUCUUAUCAAUCUAAUGAAGAAUCUCUCUCUCCACGGCUACAAUCCAAAGAGUAAUUAUGUAAAGAAGCCAAUAGAAAAUUCAAUUCCUGUUUUUCCUUCUUCCCUCUCUCAAAUGACAAUAGAGCGGCAGAUGAUAGAGCUGCAAAAGAUUGCAGGUAUUUGUAAGAGUAAAGCAAUUAAGAAUGCUAAAAAGUAA